AUGACAAACCAUCUCAGCAGCGAGGCCGCACAAGUUAUCGGGCUUUUUGUCGAAGCUACACUCUAUGGAGUAUAUAUCGUGUCAUUUGGCUUUCUGUUGUUUUAUAUACUCUUCGCAGAGUCUCCAAAGAGACGAUGGAGAUGGCCAACGGGUAUGCGAGCAGUAACUUUGGCUGUAGCUGUCAUUCUAGCCAUAAACUCGACACUGAAUCUGUCGCUGGGUCUGAGGCGCAUGAUGCAGACCUACGUUUAUAAGACAGAGUCACAGGGUCCGACGUGGAUAGAUCUUGCAAAGCCAUAUACAGUCACUUUGCAGACUUUGAUAGCAGAUAUAUUCCUGACGUAUCGCUGCUGGGUUGUUUACGGAAAAAUCUGGACUGUUGCUAUAUUUCCAAUCUCUCUGAGUUUGGGUAGCCUGGCACUGUAUACUUGGACAAUGGUGAUGCAGACACAGAUCACUCUGAAUGGAUCUGUGACUGUUGAAUUCAAGGCCUCUCGAAUAUUGGCGCCUCUGUACAUUGCUCAAUUUGCGCUAACGACUGCUCUGAAUAUUUAUACAACCUCAUUCAUUGUUUAUCGGAUUGCGAAAAUGGAUAGGGCAAUACCUCACAGUCAAUCCUCAACAACCUGUUCUGCUCAAUCUGGAACCCACCUUGGACAUGAUUAUCCAGACCAACUAAAACAUGUCAGCCGAAUAGUGAUCGACUCGGCCAUUAUCUAUACAGCAGUCUGCGUCAUGACGUUCGCGAGCUACAAAAGUAGUGUACAAUAUAUCACUUCUGCUGUGGACAUAAUCGCAAUCGGAAUCGUGUUUAACAUGAUCGUCAUACGUCUCGCCCUGGAACGAUCAAGAGCUCAAAGAUGCCAGUCGAAAGGGACUCUGAGCACUUUAAAAUUCGACUCCUUCCCCAAUCCUCAAGAAAGCGCCAGUUCCUCGACAGACACCAGAUCGUUGAACACCAUGAAGUUUUCCCCUGGCUCAGAUGCGGACUCGGCAUCAAAUAUCAUGGAGACAGAAAAAGACGAGGAUCGCAAUGAUGUUUAA